CGACGGCUGCUGCUCAUUCAUUGAAAGCGGUCAAUGGAGCUGUAGAGGCUGAUAAACACUGGAAACUGAAGUGAAAUUAAGCAUUUAAUCAUAUUCAGGAUUUAUGGAACAUGUUCUUGUUUUUGGCUGCACCCUGUGACUGUUUUCCGCCGCUGAGAGGAAGAUAAUGAGGAUGAAAAUGUGUGAUGGUGACAUAAGCUCUCCGGCCAUCCGUAUCGUCCCUCUCCACGAGCGCUGGGACCUGUUGGAAGCUUGCGCGGAGCUCCUGAACACACAGUGGCAGCGUAGCAUGGGAGCGAGGCUGCACAGCCUCCGCCAGUCGAGUAACAACUACCCUGUGAAUCUCCUCCUGCUAGAGGGCGAGAAGCUGAUAGGUCAAGCCCGAGUGUCCCGAGUACUGGGCAGCAGGAGUCUGUUUGUGGAGUCUGUGGUGGUGCAACCGCAGUUGCGGGGAAAGGGGUAUGGGCGGGCUCUGAUGGAGGGCGUGGAACGGUAUGCUCGAGGCCGGGGCUGCACCCGCCUCUGCCUCACCACCCAUGACAAGCAGCACUUCUACUCCCACAUGGGCUUCGUCCCGUCUCAGCCUGUCCAAAACGUGGGUACGCUUGCCUCCUUAAUGCCUGUGGAGCUACUGCACAAGUUCUGCAGGAUGCCUGAGAACGAGGGAGCUGGGCAGCAAGAGAAAAAAGGGGGAGAUGAUGCUGGCACAACACUUAAAGUUUGUCCUCCACCUCCACCUCCUGCCCCUCCUCUUCCACCUCCUCCUCCACUCGUCCUACCUCCACUAUCACAAUCCUCCUUGUUUCCUGCCUCAAAUCCCUGCCUGUCUUCUUCUCUUUCUCCUUCCCUUUCUUCAUCUCUGCACCUUCCUCCUCCACCUCCUCCACUUCCUCUCUCUUGUCCUCCCCCUCUCUACUCUCCACCUUCUGUCCCCCCACCUGUCCUGCCUUGUCCUCCUCCUCCCCCCACCUCAUCAUGGACCCCCGUUGAUCAGACGUUGGAGCAGACACCAUACACGGAUAUCCGAGGACUGCCCAUCUUCUGGAUGCACAAGGACAUCUGAUACGGUCAUUAACCCAGCCCGGGGGUGUCCAGUCUUAUCCGCAAAGGGCCGGUGUGUUUACAGGUUUUCACUCCAAACAAGUUGGAGCAAACCUGACUCCACUUGUUUAAUCAGCUAGUCUUAGGCUCUUUGCGGAUAAGAUUGGACACCCCUGACUCUGCCCAAAGACGAAACAUCUAUGAAGUUAUGAACUUAGAUUCAAGAACUUUCAUGUCUCAGGGUGUUUUUACAUAGGAGCCAAAAUGGACAUCUUGUAUUUAUUCAAUCAGAACACUGAAACAACCUGAAUGUGCCUUAAAAACAACCAAAAAAUAUUUUGAGAUAUUUUAUUUAAACACUUUGGAUUUACUGUAAUCAUGUUGACUCUGAAUCACACAUCACUGCAGCUGUUUGCAUAAUUUUGUUUUAAUUAAAAGAGUACUAAGCGUUC